AUGACCUCCCCACCACCAACACCGCAGCACCUCUGCAUCGGUGUCCUCGCCCUCCAAGGCGCCUUCAUCGAACACAUCACCCUCCUCACCCAAGCCGCGCCGUCCCUCACAUCCCAACACAACACAACCUUCACCUUCCUCGAAGUACGAACCGCCGACCAACUCUCCCGCUGCAACGCUCUAAUUCUCCCCGGAGGAGAAAGCACCGCAAUUUCGCUCAUCGCCGAACGCUGCGGCAUGCUCGAACCUCUACGCCAGUUUGUCAAAUUCCAUCGACGGCCGACGUGGGGCACGUGUGCGGGAUUAAUUUUAUUAGCGGAAGAGGCGAAUAAGAGUAAAGCGACGGGACAGGAAUUGAUUGGAGGGUUGGAUGUUCGAGUGCAUAGGAAUUAUUUCGGGAGACAGGUUGAGUCUUUUGAAGCAGCGCUGGAUUUGCCCUUUUUGAAAGAAGAGGGGAAUGGAAAGAAUGAUGAUGAGCAGCCGUUUCAUUCAGUCUUUAUUCGUGCGCCUGUGGUGGAGAGUAUUUUGAAAACACCCUCAGAAGAUGAUGAGACGGAAAAGGAGGCGGUCACAGUAUCAGCUCCCCAAAUCAAAGCAACAAGUGCGCCCGUAGAAAUUCUGGGUCGUCUCCCUGGCCGAGCGCGAGCAAUCAAAAACAAAACAAGCACAGCAGAAGAUUUAGGAGAAGAAGGCGACAUUGUAGCAGUUCGACAAGGAAAUGUCUUUGGAACAUCCUUUCAUCCCGAAUUGACGGGUGAUGAAAGAAUACAUGCUUGGUGGUUAAAGGAAGUUAUCAAAAGUACAUUUAUGCAAGGAACUUGA